AAUUCAGUUAUUUAUUUUUAUUUCUUCCGUAUGCUUCCUUACAAGAACAUCGAACAUAAAAAUGAUUUAGAAACAGCUACUGGAUCUAAUGUGUUCAGCCACAGCAGAUUCAUCCUCAUCACUGCAGCUUUUAGUGAAAUCCGAAUUGGCCCGGCCCAUGUGAACACGCAGCCGACACAAGCUAAGCUAGCAGAGGCUACCAGUCCGUCCACCCGGUGCCAUGAACGCGCUCAGCAGGCAGACUUAACCUCCAAGCACCGCAGUGGUCGCGACUGUACGGUAGGACGCAGACAUGUCUGUGGGCAGAGUGACAAAAAUAACCCGCGGUGGAAGAGAAGGAAACCGGACAGUCAGGAUUAACGCUAGCUGCUAGCCAGCUUAGUUAGCUAAGGCAUCAUGUCUUCCCGAGAACGUCGCUCUGAUGUCUACAUAAAGGCGGAACCUAGCAGCCCAGAAGGAGGCGGGGGAGGUCGGACCAGCCCCGGCGGGGCCUCCUCGGACUCCUCUCAGAGUGGAGGCGGGGGAACCCGAGGUGAUGGGGCCAAGCGUUACUCACCGCCCCUCUACACGCCGGCCCUUCGCUGCCAUUUCAAAGACGAGGGGGGCGAUGGGGCGGAGGAGGGCUCCACCGGAAACGGAGCGGGCCGAUGCAAGUACGCCCUGAGCACACUGCCCAAGAGGCUGUGUCUGGUGUGUGGGGAUGUGGCCUCGGGUUAUCAUUACGGCGUGGCGUCAUGCGAGGCCUGCAAAGCCUUCUUUAAGAGAACCAUUCAAGGUAAUAUUGAAUACAGCUGCCCCGCAUCAAAUGAGUGUGAGAUCACCAAAAGGCGAAGAAAAGCCUGCCAGGCAUGCCGCUUCACUAAGUGCCUCAAAGUAGGCAUGCUGAAAGAGGGAGUACGUCUCGACAGAGUCAGAGGUGGGAGGCAGAAGUACAAGAGGCGCCCGGAGGUGGAGAACGCAACGUAUCAGAGCGCCCCUCUGUCUCUGACUAAGGAGAGCGAAAAAGGUUCUUCCAACAUCAUUGUGUCUCAUCUUUUAGUGGCAGAGCCUGAAAAGUUGUUUGCGAUGCCAGAUCCUCUGCAGCCUGACACGGCCCAGCGUACGCUUACCACCCUUUGUGACCUCGCUGAUCGGGAGCUGGUUGUGAUCAUCGGCUGGGCCAAACACAUUCCUGGCUUCCUGUCUCUGUCUCUAGCAGACCAGAUGUCUGUGCUGCAGUCUGUCUGGCUGGAGGUGCUAGUGCUGGGCGUAGCUUACCGCUCCAUUGGCUGCGAGGACGAGGUGGUUUUCGCUGAGGAUUUUGUCCUGGAUGAGGAAAUGUCGCGUGUUGCUGGAUUGACCGAGCUAAACGCCGCUAUUAGCCAACUUGCGCGGCGUUUCCGUGCACUAAAUGUGGACCGGGAGGAGUUUGUCAUGCUAAAAGCCAUCGCUCUAACAAACUCAGACUCUGUUUACAUCGAGGACAUGGAGGCUGUGCAGAAGCUCCGGGACCUCCUCCACCAGGGCUUGUUGGAGCUCGAGUGUCAGCGGCGCCCGGAAGACCCCCAGCGGGCAGGACGCCUCCUCCUCACGUUGCCUCUCCUCCGACAGACCGCCGGCCGGGCUCUGACCACCUUCUACAGCAUCAAGACCCGUGGUGGCGUUCCCAUGCACAAACUAUUCCUGGAGAUGCUGGAGGCCAUGAUGGACUCCCCUUAGAGGAUGGAGCGAAAGACAUCAAGAUAGGAAAGAAAAAAGAACAGAGCUGGUCCACAAGAGGGGACUAGCGAUUUAUGGGGAAAAAAAGGAACGUUUUAAUUAGAAGUAAUAAUGAGGGAUUUAUGCUUCUUAUUUUAAGCUGUGUAAAGGAGGAGAGUAUUUGAAAA